AUGGAAUCUCCGGGGUAUCCUGAGUCUCCUAUGGAGCAAGAUGACAUUCCCUUUCCUUGCAAGGGCUGUGGAGAGAUACUUGAAGAGGGUAAAGCCUUUGAGCUUGCGGGCAACCGGUGGCAUAUUGAAUGUUUCUGCUGCAGUACCUGCGGCACGCUACUCGACUCGGAUGCACACCUUCUUUUGCUCGGCGAUGGAUCGUUAAUCUGCAGCAACUGUACUUACAGCUGUAGCUCCUGCGGAAACAAGAUUGAGGACCUCGCCAUUCUUACCGGCGAACAAGCCUUUUGCGCACAAUGCUUCCGCUGCCGCAACUGCAAGCGGAAGAUCGAGAACUUGCGUUAUGCCCGCACCUCGCAGGGUAUAUUCUGUAUGGAUUGUCAUGAAUCAUUGAUGCAGCGGCGGAGAAAACGAAAGGCGGCCCCAACGCGAAAACAGGGUCCUCCGGGGGUUAAAUUAGACAAGUCCCUUCCGUCUUUACCCCCAGAGGAAAUGGAACCAGUCUCGCGCGCCUCGGACGAUCAGGAUGCUUAUUCAAUGCCCAGCGGGGAUACCCCUGCGCGAGCUGCUCCCGCGCUGGACGCAGAAAGAGGCCACAGCUCAACAUCUCGUCCCACGGCAGAAAAUCAAGAUACAGAUAACCUACUUCUCCCGUCGAGUACAUACCGUAGCAAUCGUCAAUCAACUGUGCCCCCCCAUCGCGAAACAGAUGGCGGCGAGUUCCUGAUUCCCCUCGCUUUUGACCCCUCCGAAGAACAAAGAUUCCGCUCACAACCAAACUCAACGUCAGGAGGCUCGUCUCCCCAUAUCGCCUACCAGGAGAAAGGUCGUGAGCGGAAUGAUGAUGCGGCUCGCUGGCGUCAGACGGAAGCCGUCAACGGCACGUCCCGUGGUGACAGAACACCUGUCACGCGCUCAGGUUCAGUGCGUAGCUCUCGGUCGGACUUGGGAGGUCGGAAGGAAACCAGUACUUUCUCAUCGCCCAGCCCCAAGAGCACGAAGUCUACGACAACCGUGCCCAGAGACGGCUCAAUAGCAACCGUCCCAGAGAGCAUGACCACAAUCCCUACCAGACCAUCUCAUGAAUUGCGCCGACUUCACGAAACCAGUGGCUCCAUUGACUCCGCACAUUCCUUCUUGUCCUCUUCGAGUGUGCAGCCUCAUCCCAAGCGUGGAGACUCCCUUGACCGACGGUUGAACCAGGGAUCAAGGAAGGACGCGCCAUUGUCGCCUCGUGCUUCUUCACUGAGUCCGAGUGAGCAAUGGAGCGAGCGUUCAGCCGACCGCAACGGAUUCAGCAAGAGCAAUCCUCGUACAGGCGACUCCACUUGGAUGCCACGCAGCGAUGUUCAUGAACGCCCUAAGCCUCCGGCACGCCCCAACUCGGUCAGUGCUCUACAGCAAGUGGAGUCCUACCGUCCGGGAGAUGGCGCAGAUCUCGCAGUAGACGGGGAGAUUUCUCAGACCAUGGGAACUAGUGAUGGCUCCACAGCACAGAACAGCGAAUCGUUCUUGCGGCGUGUUUCUAAUUCGGUGCGUCAUGGUCGAAGCUACAGCGACAAAGGCUCUCGCCUGUCUCGCGAUGCCAAAUGGCCCCGGUCGCCCGUCAAUGGAUCUGCAGCAGUUCCUGACCUCGCCAGCCCUUCUGCAGAGGCAGCCGGGUCUGACGAGGUGACUUGGCUCCGCAAUGAGCUCCGUAAGGAGCGUCAACGGGUCUUCGAUCGGGAGCAGAAGCUGGCUGAGUUGGAGGCUAUGCUGAAUGCUAGUGCCGAGGUCAAGCAAGUCAACACCGAGCUGAACGAGAAGCGUUCUACCAUGGUGGUUCUGGACGCGCAGAAAGAGAUUGCCAUGCGCGAAUUAUCCGUGUUGACCGAGCACCUCGAGGCUGAGAAGCAUGGCAGAAGCGGUUCACUCGAUCUUAGCAAAUUGACCAACCAUGUUCUGCGAGAAUUUGUGGAGUCGAUGCAGAAGCUGAAGGACUCGUUCACCCCGCAGAUCGAGGAAUUGAUUCAGAAGCGCAAUGAUGCCGCCGAAGAACUGACCAACCUGAACCGCAUGAAAGACAAGAGCUUCCAAGAAUUUGAACAACUGUCAUCCAAAAAUGCGCAGCUUGCAGAACUCAACAACCUAUUGGUGCACCAGAUUCAGGAGCUCUACAAGGCUAACGACGGCAGCCGCGGAGCGAACGGCCUGGGUAUCUAUUCCCAUGGCAAGGAGAAGUCCCUGUCGUCCAUUGAAGCUUUAAAAGCGGCCCACAGCGACCUAGUUCCAGUCACGGCGAUCAAUUUGUCGGAAGAGGCCGAGCCAGCCACUAUUGUGCCCGGCCCCCAGGUUGUUAGUAUCCGGAAAGGACAGCCGCGUAAAUUCAACUGGAAGAAGGGUGGGCAGAACGUCGCCAAGGGUGUCACCAAGGGCCUCAAGGGCGCUUUCAUGUCAAGUGAAAACGCCACUGCCACUGAGGGAAGCCCUGGCUUGCCGCGAUCUCAGACGCAAGACCCUAGUCGUCCGGGAUUCGGGUUCUUUGGCAAUCCACGCAGCAAGCAGACGGGAGCUCGAAUGCCGACCACGGACAGCGUCCCAGCGCUCGCCGAAACCAAUCCUAAUGCUCUUUUUGGUACCGAAUUGGAGCAACGGAUGGAGCAAGAAAAGAGCAUCAUUCCCGGCAUUGUCUCGCGCUGUAUUCAGGAAGUUGAGCUACGUGGCAUGGAUAUGGAAGGCAUCUAUCGAAAAUCCGGUGCUAGCUCGGCAAUUCAGACGAUUCGCGAAGGCUUUGAGCGUUCCCCACACGAUUACGAUAUCUCUGAUCCGGACCUUGAUAUCCACGCAGUGACCUCGGCACUCAAGCAGUAUUUCCGGAAGCUGCCAACGCCCCUGAUUACGUUCGAGGUAUAUGAAAACAUCAUCGAAACUGGUGACAUCACGUCUCAGGCGAGUCGCAUUGAGGUCCUACAGAAGAGUCUUGGCGAGCUGCCACGUGUGCAUCAGGAUGUGCUUGAGUUCUUAAUCUUCCACCUGAAGCGCGUGGUUGAGCGCGAGAAAGAGAACCUGAUGACCAGCCAAAAUAUUGCUGUGGUGUUCGCCCCGACCAUCAUGCGACCGGAGAGUCUGGCACGGGAAAUGACGGAUGUGCAGAAGAAAAACGAGGUGAUGAAGUUUUUGGUGGACAACUGUCAGGAGAUCUUCAUGGGCAUGCACAACAACAACAACAGCAACUGA